UGUCUUCUUCUCUCCCUCUCUCUCUCUCUCUCUCUCUCUCCCUCUCUCUCUCUCCUUCUUGAACGCUCUGUUUCUUCGCACUUUCGUUUCUUUGUAUCUUACUGCACAGCUAGGGUUUCUUUUUUGUACUUUGGAAGGAGUAGAACCUCAUUGGUACGGUUUUGUUUUUGUUUUUAAGCCGAAUCUUUUUUUUUUUUUUCUCUUUUCCUUGUUUUUUUAUUUUUCAUUCCGUUUUUCAGAUGCAUAUGGUUGAAAAUUUAAAUUUGUACUUUAUGUUUGAUUGGUGAGCAUGUGAAAGCCGAGGGAGAAUGAAAUUUUCCAUCUAAUUCUUAUGCUGUUUUGGUUUUUGGAAGAAUUAGAUUUUCCUCAGCUGGGCCAUCUAGUUCUUUUCGGCACAAUCGAUUGGGAUUUUUAUUCUGUUUCCCUGAAUUAUAAAAAUCUAGAACGAAAACGAUUGUCUCCCCUGGUAGCAAGCAACCGGAGAAUCAUGUCUACAAUGGAAUAUGAAGGAAUCAUGAUUGCGCGGGAUUUCUAGACUCUCGAGGGUAUUGAUUCUAUUGAAGGAUUUAAUGGUGGAUCGAUCUGAUGAUUGUAUGCCAUUGCCUUCAUCUAGCUCUAUUCUGAAGAUUGACGGCCAUGAUGAUCACGAAGAGUGUGAUCAACUUUGUGCAGAUGCAGUAAUCUGAUCCGGGAAGAAGAGUCUGACCAGCCGUAUUUAAUGUUUUAAACCAUAGGCACAUUUUUUUUCUGUGUCUACUGCAAAGUCUUGCUGCUGUAUGAGUCAGACUUAAUAGUUUAAUCUAAUGGCUGUUGCGGAUUUACACAAUCUUUCUGUGAUUGAGUCAUCAUUCCUUAGAGAGUCUCAGCCUUCUUCAUCAAGGCAGAGCUCUGAUGAAGGGAGGGCAAGCGCCCGGGCAUCCUCGCUCCUGCAAAUGUGGCGAGAACUUGAGGAUGAGCAUUUGGUGAGCCAUGCCCAAGAUAGAGAGAGAUUGCAGCGUCAGAGAACUGAUGCAUUCAAUGCUGACCUCCUGAUCCUGAACUUACCUGAAAGCCAAGGAAGUGAACAGAGGGGUAGUUCAGAGGCUGCGACUGAGAGUGAGAAUGAAUGCGAAACAUGGUCGCAAGGUCAAACAGAUUCUAGGAAUUAUCAUGAGGAUCGCAAUAGUUCUAUAUGGGAGCAGUCCCAUGAUUUUGGGGAAGUUGAAAGGGAGAGGGUAAGGCAAAUAUUUCGGGAAUGGAUGACUAGUGGUGCAGGGGAACAUACCUCAGGUGUUCCUCAAAGGAACAGCAAUUCAAGGGCACAAUGGCUUGGUGAAAAUGAGCGUGAGAGGGUCAGGGUUGUAAGGGAGUGGAUACAAAUGACUAGUGAGCAUAGAGCCAAUUAUGGUAGCAGUAGCGAUGAACAAGCUGAUGAAAUCUGUGCUCAGAUUGAAAGAGUUCGUGAUGGAUUGGUUGUUAAUCAUUUUGAGGGCCAAACUGAACACGCCCGGAGGGAUAUUCGUAGACUAUGUGGUAGACAAGCUCUGCUGGAUAUGCUACUGAGGAGUCAAAGGGAAAGACAAGGAGAGCUACAGGGUCUGUUGGAGCAUCGGGCAGUGUCAAAUUUCGCUUAUCGCAAUCGCAUUCAGUCAUUACUCAGGGGUAGAUUCUUGCGAAAUGGAAGAUUGGUUAAGGAAGAGAGACCAACUUCUGUAGCAGCGAGUGAAUUAGGUUUAUUAAGACAAAGACAUACUGUAUCUGGUUUAAGGGGUGGAUUCUUCUCCAGAUUGGACAGUAUUGGACAUGGUCAUGUAAGCACUGACAAUUCUGACAUCUCAUCUAACAAUGAAAUUAAUGGUUUUGGAAGUGAAGGUCAAGCAGACAGUUCACAGGAGGUCCUAGGUGAAGUCACUGAACAAUCCGUGCAUGAUGUUGAGGAAAGUGACAUCCAUGGGCUCUCCGGUAACACGCAACACUUAGGAGGCAAUACAGUUAAUGAUGUAAAUUAUGAUGAAUCUGCUGCUGCGGGAGGGGUGUGGCAGGAGCAAGUUUCAGAAAAUGAAGAAAGGGACUGGCAACAGACCGCAGCUAUUGAGUUUAGUGAUGGGAGAGAGAGUUCUGGAGAGGACAUGGAUGGAAAUCUGCAUGGAAGCGCUUCUAAUGAAUGGUUCCAAGAAACUUCAGAAAAUGAAAGAGGAGAGCACAGUUAUCUGCAAGAGCCCAUUGGGAUAUUUCAUGAACAGUCUGAGCCUAGUAAUGAGGAACAUGGGACACAUGGAUUAUCUGAUCGGUCAAGUGAUAUAGAUGGUGGCAUGGUUGAUGAUAUAAAUGGGCAAGAAUCAGCUGCCAUAAUAGAAGAUUGGCAGGAACAAGGGACUGAAAGUGAAGAAAGAGACUGGCAAAGUUUCACCAGUGUGGAAUUUAAUAAUUUGAGAGAGAAUGGAGGACGUGAUAUGGAUAGAAAUUGGCAGGAGAUUUCUGUUCAUGGAUGGUUACAAGAAACAUCAAGAAAUGAAACUGGUGAACACAAUCGUCCGCAAGAAACCCAUUCAGAGUUGCAUGAUGAUGGUUCUCAAGAAGCUGUUGACAAUUGGUUAGAAGGGCCUUCUGCUCGAGAACCUGUUGAUACAUUUUUUUUACAAGACGAUGAUAAUGUGUACAAUAUGGAACUGAGGGAACUUCUAAGCAGGAGACGUGUCUCUAAUCUUCUUCAUAGUGGUUUCCGUGAGAGUUUAGACCAGCUGAUACAGUCAUAUGUGGAAAGGCAAGGCCGUGCUCCUGUUGAGUGGGAGGAGCAUGAAACAUUGCCUUCUCCUGGUGAUGAGCAAGAUCCGGAGCAGCAGACUGAAGAUCAAAAUAAUGGUCUGUCGGUUGUUGUUGAAACACCUGCACCACAUUCACUCCCGGGGCUUCCAUCUCAGUCGCUUUGGGACCAGGAAUUACACCAUGCUAAUUGGCCGCAGUACAACACACAUCAGCGCUUGGGAAUUCAGGAGUGGGACAUCAUUAAUGAUUUGAAGGUAGACAUGGCUAGGCUUCAGCAGCGAUUGAACAAUAUGCAGAGGAUGCUAGAAGCCUGUAUGGACAUGCAACUUGAGCUCCAGCGGUCAGUAAGACAAGAAGUUUCUGCAGCUCUGAACCGGUCCAUGGGUUUAGCAGAGGCAUCCGAAAAUUCUUCACCAAAGGAUUUGUCCAAAUGGGAUCAUGUGAGGAAAGGAAUCUGCUGUAGAUGCUGUGAUUGCAGUAUUGAUUCUUUACUGUAUAGAUGUGGGCACAUGUGCACGUGUUCAAAAUGUGCAAAUGAGUUGGUUGAAGGCAAGGGAAAAUGUCCAAUGUGCCGGGCACCAGUCAUUGAGGUUAUCCGCGCAUAUUCCAUCCAAUAAUAAAAGACAGAAUAGCUGGAACGACAAAAAAUAUUGUGGGUCUUAUUGACAUGAUAUAUUUAUGGAUGUUUGGUUAUUAGGUAUCCUUGAUAAAAAUAUCAUGUGGAAAAAUAAAAUAUUAUUUUUCGGCUCGAAUUUUCUCUUUUUUGGCCACAUUUUCAUCCCACUAGAUGAAACUCCAACUGAUUUUGUAUGUUUGGCAUGUAUGCACAAAUGAAAUGAAAUGGAACCUUUAUCA